UCAGGGUCAGUGACGGCCGCCGUCGGGCGUGCUGACGUCGGGGAGCCGGCGUGAUGACGCGUGGUGGACGCUAGCUAGCCUGCGGUUGCGUGGCUGUGGAGGCCGAGCCUGAGGCCUGGGCCACGGCCAACGGGGACCACGGAGCCGCCCCCCCCAGCUGAGUGAGAGGGGAGUCUGUGGCCCGCACCAUGGCUUUGAUCGAAGGAGUGGGGGAUGAGGUGACUCUUCUCUUCAGCCUGGUUUUCAUAAUGAUGGUCCUCGCCCUGGCCUGGGCUUCCACACGUACCGUCGACCGAGGGGAGCAGAACCUGCAGCCCACACAGUCCACUUCCACGGAUUCCACUGAGCAAUCCGACUCUGCGUGCCCCUCGUGCCAAGGGGGCUCCCCGCAGCCAGAGGCCGGCACACCAGAACACAAUACCGAGCAGCAGAGGAAUGGAGCGGAGGGGGAGAGGGAUGGAGCAGUCAGGGAGACGGACGGAGUGGUGAAGGAGAGGGAUGUGAGGGAGAGGGACAGAGUGGAGGGGGAGAGGGACGGAGACAGAGUGGAGAGGGAGAGUGUGCGGGCCGGAGCGGAGAGGAGCAAAGCGGAGGGUGAGGGGGACGAAGAGGAGGGGGAGGGAGUGAGGGUCGGAGCAGAGGGGGUGACGGGGAUAGAAGGGGAUCGGAGGAGUGAUGGAGAGGAGGGAGGGAAGCAGAGAGACCGGGUGGAGAGGAAGAAGGAUGUGGGGGGCGGGAGACAGAGCGAUGGGGUGGAGGGGGAGAGGCAGGCAGACGGAGAGGAGGGUGGGAGACAGAGGGACGAAGCGGAGAGGGACACACAAAGAAACGGAGAGGGUGGAGAGCAGCGGAGAGAUGGUGAGGAGGGAGAGAGGCAGAGAGACGGAGAGGAGAGGGAGACGGACAGAGUGGAGGGGGAGAGGCAGGAGAAAGAGAAGAGGAGUGACACGGAGCGACAAGUUGUGGCUGAACGUGAGGAGAAGUCUCCGGCCGCCGGUGCUGCUGAGGACUCGUUUCCUGACGAUGUGCCUGUAGAGGUACGGCAGCGAGGGAGCGCGGCGAGGGUUGGCGACGACGAGGGGGAACAGCCCCCGCAUACUGACUCUGCCCCGGAUAGCUCCAUGCUGAUGAGAUUGAAGUUUUUGAAUGAAACCGAGAGAAUCAUUCAGGUCAGACCUGAACAGACGAUCGGAUACAUUAAGAGGACUCAGUUCCCUCAGCAGGAGCACCAGGUGCGUCUCAUAUACCAGGGGCAGCUGCUGGGAGAUGACGCACAGACUCUCUCCUCGCUUCACAUCAGCAGCAACUGCGUGGUCCACUGCCACAUCUCGCAGAACGCCACGCUGCAGUCACCGGCCGGCAGCCAGGCCGCCGAGAACACGGACAGCACCCUCAACAUCGGGGGCCUCAUGUUGCCCCUCUUCUUCCUCAUGCUCUCCAUACUGUGGUACUACCAGAUCAACUAUCGUCACUUCUUCACCGUGCCCGCCACCAUCUCCCUGGUCGGCAUCACCAUCCUCUUCAGCUUUGUGGCUUUCGGAGCUUACCGCCGCUGACCUCGCCUUCGCCCACGAGACCCUCCUUCUCCCAAGGACCGACACUGCUUCCGCGUCUUCUCGAUUGAAACUGGCAAUCGUUUGGGAGGUGUGGCAACUAUGAUGCUGAGCCUGUGGUGGUCUUCGUGGCCAUGGAGCUGUUUGAUAAAGGCAACUGUGUUGUCAUUGACUGAUAAAGCUGUCUGCACCGUG